AUGAUUUGUACAGCGUGUCUAGGAUCAUUUGGAGUGGACUGUAAUACAACCUGCCCAGAUGGAUAUUAUGGACAUGGAUGUAAAACGAUAUGUGACUGUUUGCCAACUGAAUCAUGUCACAAAGUUCUUGGUUGUUUAGCCUGUAUUCAUAUGACUGGAUUUUUUGGAGAAAACUGCAGUGAGCCCUGUCCUUUUGGAUUCUUCGGCAUUAAUUGUCUUGAAAAGUGUAACUGUAGCAGUGGUACGCAUUGGUGUGAUAAUAUUUCCGGUUGCAAGCUUAAAGAUAGUGUCGAUGUGAAUAAUCGGAAUCAGGAAAACAAGACAAAACAUUUAGCUUUCGUGGUCGUGGGAUCAAUCAUUGGAACUUCGGCAGUUUGGUUUUUUAUAUAUUUAAUGUGGAGCUGGAAACGAAGAUCGAAUAAAACGAUGAAAGUUACCAUGAAAGAGGAUGAACAUUCUGGCAAUAGUCUAGGUGAGUCACAACGGCAACGGGAAUGUAAGACACCAUCAGUGGAAUCUGGAAGACAUGUACGCUCUAAAUCACUUCGACUUGAAGCUAAGAAAACAAAACCUGUAACUCGUUCAAAAUCCCAUUCACAAGACACAUAUGGACGAUUCAAUAGGCAUUCUGAAAACUACGACCACUUAGACUUUCUUGGACAUCACAAUCAGCCGUCAGUGUCUGCUUUCAGUAGCAAUUAUAGCAAGAUAAAACUGAAACCAUAAUAUCGAUAUGAAAGCACUGAAACCUUUCUGAGGAAGAGUAGCAAUAUGUCAAUAGUUAUCAGCAACAAUUUACAUGAUUAGGAAGACGAAAUUAUCGCAGAGCUAAAACUGCGGUCAUUGUAUAAACGUCGUUCGUACAGUAUAUAAAAGGAACAUCAGAAACCCGAGGAGACUGCUAUUUGCGAACCCGUAUUUAGCAACAUUGUUGAAUCCCAGGUGCAUCCUUCAUGACGAAAAUGCGUCUGACCUUGCUGAAAAUGUUGUUCAAGUGAAUGAGCUUCAGAGAAAACAUGUUCUUAUUUUAUAUUCUAGUACUUAGAUAAGAUUGCUUGACUUUCACUUUUUAAGAAAACCCAUUCCUAAUACCAGAUGAUUUGAACAAUUUGAAGACAGAGAUUCUAGUGUUUGGUAUAGAAGUUUGGUUGCUUUGGGGGGGGGGGGGUCAUUCAAUGAAUUUUGAUGACACUCUAGUCUCAAUCACAAUGUAUAUCCAAUAUAAAAAAUGGAAUCCA